AUGUCGCCCCUCCAAAUCCAGGUUUACAUGUCUGGCCUCAUGCGCACUGUAAUAGCGAAUCGGCAUAAAAUUGAGCUGCUUACAUCAGAGCUGUUGCGCACCACCCAGCUGCCGAGAGCACGAGAUGCUGAGAUCGCGCAAUUACGAGAAAUGCUGACUGCAGAAGACAGGAUGCGAGACUGGGUAGAUGCACCGGCUCAAGCAUUCGCAAAUAGCGAAGCUGUCGAUCCUGUCAAGGAAAAAGUCUCGUUUGACGCGUCUCCAUACCAGUCGAAUCGCCAGCGACGGAACGGGAAUGACAACGAGGAUAAAACAGACUCUCGGGUCCCUAGUUUCAUUCUCAGACUCUAG